CGUCUCUUGCAAUAUAGCGGCGUCCUUUCCCUCUCUCUUCAGACCUCUUGCCAGCCGUUGACGACGUCGCUCUCCCCUCUCGUUUCACCUCACCGCCGCGCCCGGCCGGCCGUCCAUCCGUCCGUCCUUACGUCCGUCCGUCCACGGUGUUUCGAUCUAUGGUUGUGUCGGUGUGUUCUCUCUUCGUGACGUUAACCUGGCGGCCCUGAAAACCUACGGGCCCGUCCGCGCACCUAAUUCGGCCACCAUCUUCUGGAAUACAAGUUUGAUUAAUACCAGUGAGUGAGAAUAAUAUCGACAUAAAAAUUACCCCCAUAUUUUGUCGUCAUUGCCGUUGUGUGUCGUUGCAUCUUUACUUUACAGAGUAAAGACUUGUCUUUCCAUACAUACAUACAGUGUGUUUUGUUUCAUUGCGGCGUGUUGUAUAUGUGCUGUAUGCGUACUAAACGUUCUAUGCCUUCCUCUUUUUCUCCUCCAACAAUUUUGGCCCGACUGAGGAGGAAAAAGAGGACAGUGAUUUUAGCAGUGCCACAAUUUUACGAAAAAAAAUUUCUGUUGGGAUGCAUCAAAGAAUGUCUUUUGCAUAAUUGGAAUGAAAGAAGAUUUUGAAACUUCGCAAGUAUAAAAAAGGAAAUGAAUAAAAAAUUGAACAGUGAAAUUGCCAAUAGUGAAGUAGAAUUAUAAACUGAAUUUUCUUUCUGCGCGCGCAUCGUUUGCGUUAUUCGACCUUCACUGCAGUAAAAUAUUGCUCAGAUUAUCUACAUAUUCAAUAAAACAAUUUCAAAAAAUUAGCUACAAAGACUAGCGAGGAAGAAAUAAAAAAGUAUGAUAAACUAGAUAUUGGAUUUAUAUGAGAAAAGAAAGAUAAACAUUUAAACUUGAACUUAAAAUAUUCUUUUUUCUCAUCAUUUAUAUACAUGUAUUGUUUGCCAACGACUUUAAGCUGCUCCAUGGCAGCUCCUGCGCAUCUUGGACGUAGUGUGUAGUCUUUAGUGCGCGAGUGUGGCGAUGACGGCAGUAAUAUUGCACCGUUCAUCAGCGAGGAAGAAACGUGAGGAGGAAGAAGUAGAAGAAGGAGUUGUCCGUGGCGUCGUCUCCUUUAUUACUUCGACCGAUUACAACCAGUGGAACGACGUCAAUGAGGUUGCGAGAUGCCCGCUAAAGGCGAGCGACCUAGGCCAAGUCACGAGGUGCGACGAUCACGAAUAGAGCUGAUAGACCAAGAUAAAGAGAGAAAGAGAUAUUAUUAGAGUGAGAGAGUGAAAAAAUACCGUUGAACGAGAAGGACAGGGGCAACGUUACGAACGGAGAAAAAAGCAAGAAAGGAUCAUAUUUGAAUUUAUUAGUGCGCGGGUGUAAAGAUACGUGAGAUAAAAGUGAAGUGCAAAAAAUAAGGAGAAGAAAAAAUAAGGAUAUAAAUAAAUAUAUAUUACCAGAAAUAAAAAGUGACGUGGAUAUAUUAAAAAUAAUAAAAAAAAAAAUUAUUAUAAUAAUUAAAGUGUACAGUGGAACGGAAUACAUGAUAAAAGUAAAAAAUUACAAAUAAAUACAAAAUAAAGGAUAAUAAUGAAUAGUGAGUAUUUGUGUAAGGUGUAAAAGAAAAGAAGUGAGACGAAUAGUCAAUAGUGGCAAUUAAUUGUUUACCUGUCUCACUUCGUGACCAGUUAGUCAUUCAUUUUGUUUAUUUUCUUAUUAUAUCAUACAGUGUAAUUACAAUUCGCGCGGAUGCACGGUCGUCGUGUUUAUUCAAGCGUGACUAUACUAAGUGCGUCCUCGUGCGCGUUCAGUGUCAUCGCUGCAUCCUCGUGACUUGAGAGCAGUUCACGCAGGAUAUCCCUAUUUUUCCUGCAGCGGGUGACGUCAUUACUGUACAUAAUGCGCCAGGGGUGAUGGAGACAGUGGGCAAGCAAGUCCAGGUAGUGAGUGGACUAGGUGUAGGAGGUCCAGUUGGGGCAGAUUUGCAUCAUCAUCAUCCUCAUCCCCAUGGGAGUCAUGGUCAUUCGCUAAUCGGCGGAGCAGCCACUCCAACUCGUGUUCAAGCUCAUCAGGGCCAACCUCCACCACCUUCGCAUAAUCAACAUCUACCUGCGAGGUCUACUCCUGUUCAAUUGCACCGGUUUAAUUAUGAUUUCAGGCCUACUCAAAGUUAUAUAAACAUCAAGAGCAGCAGUCCGGUGUCACCCCGAACAGCAGGUGGUGGUGGUUAUAUCCCAGGUUCUUCAAGUACACCAUCAUCCGGAGGAGCGGUGGGUCCACCGGGUAGUGGAAGCGGUCCUGGCGCUACAGGAGUUGUCACUGGUUCUGCCGGCAGUAAUUACGUCACCGUACCAGUGCCCAAUGCUCUUCGUUAUGUACACCCUUAUCCACCACCACCGCCGCCCCCGGCACCGUCCGCACCCGUCAAUCAGACGCCACCCCCACCGGGAGCGGCGGCCUAUACCAGAGAUCCCUACAGAAAUGCAACCCCUAAUGUAUCCGAGAGGGUGGCGAUAAGUGUGAGUAGUAGUCCAGUAUCACAAGUUGGAGUCGGUGUUGGAGGGAAUGAAUACGCCCUCAAUAGUCGGGGUGACCGUCCACGAAUAUCAUUACUUCCACCUGUCUCGGUAACCCCGGCACCCUCGCCAACUAGUGCCGAAUAUCAUGUUGCUAGUUCGAGAAAUCCACGUAGUAUGAUGCCCAUGCAACCUACGGAGGCGUACAACAUUCGAGCUAUUGAGAUGGCAACAAUUCAGGAUGCACCACCUUUUAAGAAGAUUAGACUUGGACAACCUCAGUCCCAGCUGCCUUGUCAAACAAUCUCUCCUGCUGAGACGUGUAUCAAACAAGAUCACGUUCAGCUUCCUCAACCACUUAGGAUAGACACUCGGGUGCAGUCUACGGCAGGUGCAUAUACUCCACAAACUGAAGCUAUCUCACCUACGUUACCAGAACCUAGUAACCAGGAAGAUCCUCCAUUUAGGAGUACGAAAGAUGAUCUACUGCAACAAAUUGCGAAAGUUGAUCACGAAAUAGCCAAAAGGGAAUCUCAGAUCACCAUUCUUCACAGAAAGUUAAUAGAAUUAGAGAGUAAACCGCUGAAUACUAAUGGACUCAAACGACAGGUUGAAGAGCAGUCACAACUACCUAAACAUCAGUCGUUGGCGCAGAAAAUUUAUGCUGAAAAUAGGAAAAAAGCGGAAGAGGCACAUCGAUUAUUAGAUAGACUAGGACCCAAAGUAGAACUGCCGCUCUACAAUCAGCCAUCAGAUACGAAUCUAUAUCAAGAAAAUAAAACAAGACACCAGACAUGUAUGAGAGCGCGACUGAUAGCUAGGUUACGAAAGGAACAUAGCGAAAGAGCAGCUCUCCAACGUCAGCAAUCACAAACAUAUGCCAUUUUGGUUCAAGAGUGGCAUCGUAAAGUUGAUAGGCUUGAAGCUGCACAGAAAAGAAAAUCGAAGGAGACGAAAAAUCGUGAAUUCUUUGAAAAGGUAUUUCCUGAAUUACGGAAACAACGAGAAGAUAAAGAACGAUUUAACAGGGUUGGCGCUCGUAUCAAAAGCGAGGCUGAUCUUGAAGAAAUCAUGGAUGGUCUUCAAGAGCAAGAGGAAGAAGUAUCAGCCGAGUUAAAAAAUGCCAUUAUUGCCUGGCAGAUGGAGGACAAAAAGAUGCGUUCUUAUGCGGUCAUUCCACCUCUUUUAUUGGACGCCAAGCAGCGAAGAAUUGCAUUUCAAAAUCGAAAUGGUUUGCUUCAACCGGAAGAACUUGAAGCACUUCAUAAUGAACGGAAGUUAAUAAAUGUUUGGAGUCCACCAGAACAUGAAUUGUUCAAAGAGAAAUACCUUCAGCAUCCUAAGAGCUUUGGAGUUAUAGCUCAAUCCUUAGAACAUAAAUCUGUUCCAGACUGCGUGCAUCACUACUACCUCACUAAAAAAGCUGAAAAUUAUAAGCAGUUGUUGCGAAAGUCGCGACAACGAACCCGUAGUUCUCGAAACAACCCUAACAAUAAGGUAAAUAAUAGUAAUUCUAGCAUUGGAUCGAUAGACAUUUUAACGACAGGAGUAACGACGAGACUGCAACGUGAACAGCAGCAGAAAACUCAAGAAAAUCCACAAAAUAAUGCUACAUCGACGUCGACGACGUCUUCGACUGUGACAACCACAACAACAACGACAGCGGCUACCUCCUCAAUUACUACCACUACGACAAGUGUCACAACUACAACAUCUACGUCUUCUUCCACCACCUCAAGUUCGUCUCUUCCAACAACAGCAUCGAAUACAUUAUCUACGACGAAUGAUUCUUCGUCGAUUAGUACGACUACUGUUACGUCCGUCCAGAGUAAUACGAAUUCGACGACUAGUGUUCUAACUCCGUCAUCAACGUCCAGUGCGAAAGAUGCGAGAGAAGCUAAUAAAGAAAACAAAGAAAAUAAGAAUGAUUUUAAAGAUGGUAAUAUCAAAGAAAUUAAGGAAGAACCUUCUGAUACGAUAUCUAAAGAUUCUAAACUGCCUUCAGAAAACACAAGUGGUCUCUCGUCAUCUACAAAUAUUGUCGGGGUAAACGAAACAGUGAUGCAAACAUCAGAAACAAAAGACAAAAAGAAGCCUGGAAGUACAACAGCAAGUAAUGCAAGUGGAAAUAGAUCAAAGGAUAAAAAGAAAGAGAAUCACACAACUCCAAUGGAGACAAGUGACGAAGAAGCUCAAAAUAUUGACACAACUGAAACUGGGAGACAAUUAGGUCCCCAUUCUUGUGCGAUAUGUCAAAGUGUCGUAGAAGGAGGUAGUCAUAGUCGAGCACUGUCUCGUAGUCAAGCAUUUCAAUAUGGAUUGCGCGAGGAACAAGUACAGCCGGGUGCACGUGUCUGUAACACUUGUAGAUGUAAAGCCGUUCGUGGUCGUUACACUGCCUGUCCACUUCCUGGUUGCCCGAACGUAAAUAAUGCCAACUCCAAGACUCGCGUGAAACGACUGCGAGCAUUACCACCAAAAUGGUUAGAAUUACCGCCUGAAAUUUGGGAUUCUGCUGUACAGGAAUUUCAAAUUCCGAACAAUACCACGAAAUGUUGCUCGGCAUGUUUCAAUAGAAUAUCUCGUCGGUUAGCACCACAUUUGACCGCUAGCACUGAUACAAAUGAAGAUAAUACGGAGACAACAGCACGCCAAUGGUCUGAAGACGAUUUGAAACAACUUAGACGAGCAUUGAGAGAGCAUGGAACAAAUUGGCAAAAAGUUUCAGAACAAAUAAAUGGAAAAUCAAAUCAUCAAUGUAAAAAUUAUUACUUAACGUAUCGUAAGAAGCUUGGACUUGAUCAAGUUGUUGCAGAAUAUUAUCAAUCACUUGGAGAAGAAAGAAGACCUUGUUUAACAGAUGAAGAGGAAAGUGGUAGCAGUACAAGUAGCUGCGAUGAAUUGGCUGUUCAUGACUCUAGUGAUACUGCAAGCGCAGGAAGUCCUGCAAAUACAAUAUCCAGCAGUACUCCAGUAUCCCUUGUUACAACUGGAGCUCCAAAAAAUGCCGUUUUUCCUCCUGAAAAUUCUGCAACAGAUCUUCGAAUAUCUGUUGUCCCACCAUCUACUACUGCAUCGUCUUCUCAACCAACUUCUACAGCUGCAGGACAGUCAACAAAUAACCGUGAAGAUUACGACAGUUCUGCCACGGAGACGGCGGACGAAGGUCAGGGUAAUGCAGAAUUGGAGAAUUCUAGCGUAACAGUGCAGCCAAUAACAACAAGUGCUAGUGCAGUUAUCCAACCACAACAGCCUCCAGUGCAACCUGCACCACAGCCACCACUACCAGAACAUUCACCUCCAUUGUCAGCUAGCAGCAUAAAUCCUUUAACCGUCAAAGAUCUCAUGCUUGGUGUUAUAGAAAUGCAAUUAAAGCGAAAUAUCAACAGUCCAGCCGCUCCGCCACCACCUCCACCACCAGGUUCAUCGGCCGUGAGCUCAGGCACCUCUACUAUGUCUAAUAUUCUGAAAUCAGAUCACAGAAAUGACAUUACGUUUGUUCGUGAAUUCAAGCCAUCAUCGAGUUUACCUUCUACUGCCAUGUCCAAUAGGGACUCGAAUUUAGCUACUCUGUCUGUUGUUUCUUGUCAUCGAUCUGCUCCAAGUCCACAACAAAUUAAUCAAAUGCAAGCAACAAUAACACCAUGUCCCCCUCCAGUUCAGAGUUCACAACCUCCUUCUUCGGAUUUGUUGCCGAAAGAAGGUUUAGUAGUGAUGCAAGUUCAACAAGCAUUGCGUGAAACAGAAGGAACAUUGGAUUUGAGUAUUAAAAAACCAAGACAGCCAGCUCAAUCAGAAUAUAAUCAUACACACCCUUCACAUAAGCCUUCAGUCACUAUUUAUCGUCCAGAACCUCCAGCACCUCCAUCAGGAUCUUACUAUCAUCCUCAUGCACAUCCAGUUGCUGAUCAGAGUCGUGGCGCCAAAAGUCCAUUAGUAUAUGCAUCAUCUCCAAGACCACAAGCUCCAAUUACGCCUAAAAUGAAUAAAGUAACUGUGGCACCACCUCAUCCAAAACUUUCUCCUAAGCUAACCAAUAUUGGACCGGUUCAUAAAAGUGGUGGUUCUAUUACUCAUGGAACUCCAGUGCCAGGAGCCAGGUAUGAAGGUCUUUUGCGACAAAUGACUCCACCAGGAACUGUUUCUGCAAGUUCUGGAGGGAAUCCUGUACCUAAGGAAUCGGGAUCUAUUACUCAAGGUACUCCAGUACACCCAUUCUCAGUCGAUAAACGUGGUCAAAUGUAUGAAUUUCAUCGACCAAUGAGACAUUCUCCUGCUACAUCUAAUGUUCCACCUCCCAGUCAGAGUCAAGGAGUAGUCGUAAGUCACAGUAAUCAAUAUAAUUCUUAUUCUUCGAGACCGCCACCAAGUUAUACGAUGGAACAACAACUAUCAUCACGACAAAUAAUUAUGAAUGAUUAUAUAACGAGUCAACAAAUGCAUCAAAGGAGUCGUACAAGUGUAAAUAGUGAGAGUUCAGCAAAAUCUGAACCUCCUCCACCACCACCUGCAACAUUAUAUUACACAAGCACUCCUCCUCCUCCGUCUCAUACUCAACCACGUCAAGGGGUUAUUCAAAGACAUAAUCCUCAAAAACAAAUUCAUUAUCAACCACCUCCUGCUGGUCUCGAAGCUUUUUCAAGCUUAGUAGAUGUAGCUGUUCAACAGCCAAGUUUACCAGUACCUCAUCCUCAUGCUCAUCCAUCCUCUGGAAGCAGUGGUCAUGAAGGUUUAGGAAAAACCAUGGCAGAUCGAUUGCUAGCGGACAGAUAUGUAGACAAUAAUCGAGCUUAUCGUGAGCAAGAAAUACGACUUCAGGAACAUCGUUUAGCAAUGCAAAACGUUGAAAGAAUGGCUGCCGCACAUCAACAUCAACGAGAGCGAGAAAGAGAACGAGAAAGAGAUUUAGCUGCUCACAUACGAGAAAAAGAAGAGCAUAGAUUGCAAAAAGAACUUCAAAUGGAACAUCGUUUAGCUGUUCAGCACCAUCAGAGGGAAAAAGAUUUACAACAAGAACAUAGAUUAGCUCAACAACGUGAAAAAGAAAUGCAACAUGAACAUAUGAUGCAAAGAGAAAAAGAAAUGAGAGAAAGUGAUCAUAGGCUUUCUGUCCAUCAUAGAGAAAAGGAAAUCCAACAUCAAAUGGUUGCUGCGGCUCAGAGAGAGAAAGAAGAGCAUCGAUUAGCCCAACAAAGAGAAAAAGAAAUUCAACAUCAACGAGAACAAAUGGCUCAUCAACGAGAAAAAGAAAUGCGUGAUAAGGAAGCGGCAGAGCAUCGAAUGGCUGUACAACAACAACAACAACGUGAGCGAGGUUUAGCACAAGAUCUUCUUCAACAAUUACAUCAACAGCAACAACAGCAAAUGCAACAUCACAUUCUUGGACAGAGGAUGGUGGAAGCUGAAAGACGCCACAUGGCACAAAUUUACAGAGAUCAACAAAUUGACCGGGAAUCAUCAAGAGUAAUAAGUAGUGGGUUCUCUCAAUCUUCAAGAUCUCAACCUCCACCGCAACAACCUCCUCCACCUCAGCCCCCUCCAUCUUCUCGUGCUGGUCCACCAACAUCAAAUUCUCAACCAGGAGAAGGUUCUUCUACUCUUACAGCUGCUAGUCUUAUAGAUGCAAUUAUUACUCAUCAGAUUAAUCAGAGUUUUAAGAGUACUGGAGGAUCUGCUGCUUCGAGUAAUCAACCGACUAGGCCGGGUGAUAGGCUAUUCCAGAGCUUUCAUAGAGAAAAUCAACCAGAACCUAAUGGUGUUGCUCACAGUCCUGCUAAUGAAGGAAGUGGUAAUAAUAGGGAGCCCGCAGCUGAAAUUCCAAGAGAAGGAAAAACAAUUACUCUCAGUGAUCAUGUAGAUCACAUUGUGACCAAGGAAUAUGGAGCUCCUCCUCACGCACCAUACAGAUCUUAUCCCGGAUAUUCAAUAUCUGAAGAUCAAUGGAAACGUCGAGAAGGAGCUGAAUUAGAAACAGUAAAAUCCACAGAUGAACGUCAAAUAAUUCGAGUCUCUCAAACACAACAGCAACCUCCACCUCCUCAACCAUCUUCGCAAUCACAACCACCACCAACAUCAGUUUCAAAACAAUUUCAUUCCGUAGAACCUGUAUCACCUCCUGAUGCAACAGCUAACCAUUAUGCGAGGCGUUUUUAUGAAGCAACCACUGCCACAACGACGUCUGGAGCUCCUGUGAACAAACCCCAUCUCUCUCCACUAGAUUAUGUUAAGAAUAAGAUUGUCGAAGUGAUGCGGACGUCAGAGGAUGAUAAAUCAGGAGGCACGGGUGAACGAAUAAGUGGCAACGGAAAUGCUGACAAGGAUGAUAAACCAUCUGAGAGCCCGUCAGGUGGUGAAAUGGUGAUUGAUGAAAGUCCAAAUCAACCACAACCACCACCAUCAGCUCCUACGACAUUUUAUCCAUUCAGUGCUCUUGGAGUUCAUACAGGACCACCUCCAGCACCACCGCCUCCUACUUCAGCAUCUACAACUGUCGCAAAAACCGAGCAAAUGCAAUCAGAACCUGCACCAUUGCUUUCUGCUCAAUACGAACCACUUUCUGAUGAGGACUGAUGUGACUUAGCCGAGGAAAUUCCUCGUUGGUCUGAUUUGAAAGCUCAUCAACGUCAUGUCUUUGUAUGAAAUAAAAAAAAGUAACGUAUAGUUUGCUUUUGUAUACUCAAAACGAUUGAGCGUUUUUUGCAAUGAUUUUGUAAUAAGAUAAUAAAUUACCCGAAAAAGAAAGAAGAAAAUGAGAUAUUAUAAAAAAAAGGAAACGAUCGAUAUGAAUUCUCUAGUGUUUUGAAACAUUUUAUAUACACACUGAUUCGAAUAUUGAAGCUGUGGUUUUUUUAUAUAAAAUUUGACUUUAUUUUCAUUUUUUAGAAAAAUUUAAUCUGUCAAAUUAACAAUAACGCUUACUAUUCAAAGCUUUGUUUUUAUUAUUAAUUUUAUAAUUUGUAAUGUCGAAAGUAAGUUGAAAAUAUUUUGAAUAAUAUUCAAGAUGUAAUAAUUGUGAUUUCAAUGUAUAUUUACAUAAAAAAUCUUAAACAUUUUAUCAAAUAAUAAUAAUAAUUAUUAUUAUUAUUAUAAUAUAAAUAAUUUAAAAUAAUGAAGAAAAGAAAGAAUAAACCACGGACGUCAAGCUUUAAUGCACAGUAUGAAAGCCAAAUUAAGGUGACAUUCAGAAAAAUAUUUCCAAAAGAAAAAGUAAAAAAUAAUAAAAAAUUAUAAACUUUUUUUGUAUAUACAUAUUGAAUGUAAUCGUUAAAAUCAUACUACAGCGUUAAAGGUGUGCGUGUUUUUAUUUCGAAUACGUCUGUGAUGAAUACCAGUGUGAGAUAUUGAAAGCCAUGUAUGUAGAAUUCAACAAAAAAACUUUUGAAAAUUGCAUUAAGCAUUUUUCCAUGUUUGAAAGAAUCAAACAAUGAGAAGAAAUUGUAUCAUUAAACAAAUGAUCGUUUAUGUUGUGUAAAUUGAUUUCUUUCUUUGGUAAACAAGUGAUUGAAGAUUUGUAAGAUUAAGCGUUGUAAAUAGUACAUAAUAUUUAGUUUUUAAGGUAAACAAGUAAUUAUAUAAUUAUUAGAAUAUUGUUAGUCUAAGUGGCUAGGUUUAGGAUUAUAAAAUAAAGUAGAUAGAUAGCAUCUAGUAAAAAAAGAAAUAGAAAAUCACGAACUGACUAGGGAACUUCUCUCGCGACUACGUUCUCUUAUUCACGAAUAAAUGACCGAUUAAUGAGAAUAUUAAUAAUAAUUCAUAAUUAAUUAAUAAUAAAACAAAUUACUUUAAUUAUCAAUGAACGAAUAAAUGUGAAUUUUAUUUAAUUUAACAAUAUAAACAAUAAUACAUUUUUUGAUUACUCAAAACACAUUCAAUUAUCGCGCACUCAUAAAUCACAUACACAUUGACUUUUUAUACAGCCUAAUUUUAUAUUUGUAUGCAAUGUGACUUCAAUUUAAUGUGGACUGCGUCUCUAACCGUUAUCUACGGCUUUUAAUGAUUAUUAAAAAAUUAAAAAUUGAGUAAAAGAUAAUUUAAAAAAAAUAAUAAUAUAAUACGUUGGUUUAAAAAUUAUUUCAAAUAUCAAUGUCGAUGUAAUUAAAUGUUUUCAAUCGUGACAGGUUUACGUGCGUUUCAAAUCUCAGUAAAAAUGAUAAAAAGUACAUAAAAGAAGACCGGUGCCUUUCAACAUUAUUAUUCCAAUAAUUAUUUAUGUAGUCUACUCUAUUCUUCGUAGUUCAAGUCCGUGUCGUAUCUUACAUUUCCUUCACGUUCUUGUUAUUAUUAUUAAAUAAAAUUAAUUCAAAUAAUGACUCAUUUAAUCGGAUAAUAUGAAAGCUUCAACGUAAAAAAAUAUUAAUAAAUCAUGCAUCAACAAUUUAAUCGUGAAUGAUAUUUAAUUGAUAAUUGAUAAUUAAUCAAUAAAAAUAAAUUAUCAAGCAUAGCCAAAUUUUUAUUUUUUCUGAUAAAAAUGGUCAUAUUCUCUCAAUAAAAAACGAAAAAUAAAAAAUUGUUAGAUUAUAUGAAGGAAAGAUAUUCAUUCAUCCCGAUAAUUCGACUUGCAUUAAAUUUAAACAAUUUACUGUGGUGAAAAAAAAAAAUUAUUAAUGCUUCCAAAAAUGAAAGUGGUGUUUAAUAUAUUAAAAAUAAUUUAAACUGGGGAGGGGGGAGCAGUAUUUUUGCUGCAUCUGAUUUUAUGAGUUCUUAGAGACUCCUUAUCUAAGAAACAAAAUGAUCGAAUAUAUUAUCACUGCUAUUGCUCCAAAUAAAUAAAUAAAUAAGUAAAUAAAUAAAUUGAAAUAAGAAGAUAGACUAGAGAGACGUAAUUAUACCGUUACAAGUGUACCUAUUUGAUUAAAGCUUGGAAACGAUCGUGAAGAGCUCGAUCGUUAACAGAAAAAAGGCUGUAUAUUGAAAAAUAUUAAGUAAUUAAAUAAAUAAAUGAUAAAUGAAUGAGUAAAUAAGUAAACAAUUGAAUAAGCUAAUGUUGAGGCACUUGUUUCCUCUCUUGCAAAUUGUAAAAUAAAUGAUUGGAUGAUAUUAAAGGGGCUAGGAAUGACACGAUACCUAUCUACAAAAAUUAUGAAUAAUAAUUGAAAAUAAAUGAUUGAAAACAAGGUAUUUAAAUUUUUGAAGUGGAUAAAUUACUAUUAAUAGCAAGCGAGCGCAUACCACGCCUACAGUAAACUAAAAGUGUAGCAUACACGAUAAUAUUAUUAUCAAAACAAUUCAAUGUAAAUUGUUAUUUUUGUUGAAAUAAAAUCACCUCCG